GUGUCUGCUGGCAGUUUGCGUUUAGUUUGGACUUUAGUUAGUGACGGUGUCUCUCACGAGGAGGACCUGCUGCCGGAGAUCGAUUCGAUUUACGCGCGAGAACGAUUGUUUACGUCGCGAGACCGACAGAUUUAUUCAAUUGUCAUUACGAGAACGAGACGAUGAUGAACCCCUCAGCGGGAGACACCGUCAACCCAACGAAGACGAGUUUAACGACUGGGGAGACUCCUGAUGGAGGUAAUCGCCGUCCUCCAGCCCGGACUGAAUCGAACCCCGUGGCUAGGAAACGACAGCUGGAACCUCUGUCCACGAAAACGGAGAUCCCCACGAAGACCCCGCGACAUGGUGAACAUCCCCAGGACAAUGCUAGAAGCAAUAAGCAAGUGGCACGGAUGUCCCAGGUAGGGAAUGGGAACCCCAUGCGAAUACGAGGUGGUUCCUCCCUGGCGACGACGUUGGUCCCAAGUUCCCAUGUCGAAAAACCCACCAUUGAUUCUCCUAUGAGAGCUCCGUCCGCUCCGAUGGAGCCUCCAUUGGAUGAUGAUCGACUGAAUAUACCGAAGAGUAGCGAACCACAGACUUCGGAUGAUCCUGGAGUAUCUUCAUUGUCUAAAGACAAUGAUAAGACACGUGGGUUAGAAUGCCCGACUUCUUCCGACUCUCAAGAAACUAGCACUAGAAUAAAAAUAAAGGAGCAAAAUGUCCAAGAUAACGAUACUCCAAAGUCUCUGAAGAGGCCACCCGAAGACUUAGGAUCUAAUGCUAAGAUACAACGAAAAGAAGACCCUGUGGUCCAAGUAUCAAUUAAGAUUAUUGAAUCUCAAGAAACUUCCAGGACUGUACCCAAGGUAACGUCGAUUCCUGUCACAACCCGUGACCCACAAAUUGACCAAGAAGUCUCAAAAGACGAAAGUGAUAUCGAACUGAGACAAGUUCCUCAGGAUGAGUUGAGGAGUGAAGAAGUCAGAGUGACAAAGAAGCCACCGAUAUAUCCGGAGGGACCUCAGAAACGUGCUGCCAGGACCGUUAGGCGUGACGAUGCUGCUCGACUUCGAAAAACAAUACAGUGGCUCGAGGAAGGUGCACGUAGGAUGCGAGAGGAUCUUGCGGCUACAAGAGCUGAGCUUCACGAGGAGAGAAAAGCUGCCAGGAUGGCGAGGAGGGAAUUGGACACUGCGGUGAGGGAAGCUCGAAAUAUGGAGGCUGCCAAACACCAGCAGAUUAUUUCUGAGCUGAAAAUCAGACUUUCUCAGUCACCUUCACGACUUCCGUCGGACGCGACGUCGUCGUCCACGAAGGCUGAACUAUUGAAAGAGGAAAAUCAUCGGCGAGAGCUUUCAGCCACGAAGAAACGUCUGGCCGAAGCUGAAUCCACAAUACAGAAGUUAAAAUCGAAUUCGUUGAAUCCGAAAGAAUCUGGAAAGCGCAGAAAACUCGUCGACGGACGUCCCUUGGAGGUCGAGGUUCAGAAUCUGCGGGCAGCCAAUAAGAGACUGGAGGAAAAGUUAAGCAUGCUAGUCGAAGCCGAAAGAUCUCGAACCGUGGAGCUAAGGGUGCAGCAUGAAAAUCACGAGGCUGAGUUGGCUGCUCUUCAAAAAACUUUACGUAGCGACACCAUCAAAAUGAUGGACGAAAUACGAAGUAAAAACCGAGAAAUUGAAAAACUGGAAAAGCUCGUGCAGGAGGGCUCGCAGAUGCAUCGGAAACUGCAGACGAAGGAAGACGACCUGAUGCGAAAACUGCGGGAGAGCGAAAGGAAUCAUCAGAUUCGACUCGCACCUCGCAUCGACGAGAAGAUCCCCGGCGGUGACCAUGCGGUCGACUUGUGCAAAGGGGAUUGCGAGGCUGUGGCGGAAGUCGAGCGCCUUCGGGAACUCGCCGUGGAGCAGCAGGAGGUCAUCGAGGUACUGAGGCAGGCAGUCAAGGAGAAGGAGCGGAAAUUGGAUCAGUUGUCGAACAAGAAGCGGAAGGAAGAAUUUUACAGACAAUGGUUAGAACUGGAACCAGUUGCUGAGGUGGACGAUGAAGAGGAACACGAGGAAGGUGAUAGCGCACUUUCCAGCGCUCCGUCGUCCUUGUCGCCACAACCUGGUGGAUGCGGGCAAUGGCAGGCCAAUGGGGUUACCCGGGAAGCCUAUGAAGCUAUCAUCCUUGAAGUUGACGAACUGCAGACAAAACUGCUGGAAGAGCAACAGGAACUGGCUCAUGCCAAAAGUCAGGUGCGGGAUCUUGAGAAAGCUCUUCUUCAGGAGACAAGAGGCAGCCAAAACAGCAGACAGGCACUCAGCGACAAGCUACGUGAAGCCGAGGAACGCGAAGCUGCCCUUGUGUCUGAAAUCUCCGAACUUCGGGAUCAGAACGAACUCCUGGAAUUCCGUGUCCUGGAAUUGGAGGAAGCGCCAUGUACUAGAGACACGCCUGAUCCGGCAGACAGCGGGAUAGUUUCACCGGAACCGAUACACAUCUACAAGGAUCAGUCGAAUAAGCAACGAGACCGAGCCGUGGCGACAGUGAUACCUUACAACACCUACACACAUCCGGUAUCUCCGGUACCGCAGAAGACGCCGCUGUCACUUCAGGAAAGCGGGAUAUUUGACGAGGAGGAUGAGACUGAAGUAGAAUUGGCGAGUCGGGGCACACAAACUGAAGCUCCAGCUGGUGAGUUGCUCCAGGAAGUCCAGCGUCUUCACGAGCUUCGUGCUCGUAUUCAGGAGCGAGCUGUCAAGGUCCCCGUUCCUAUAAUCGAUGCUAAGACCAAUUGCAAUCCUGAGGUCGUAGGUACUGUGGAUACUGCUCAGGUCACUUCUUAUCAGGAACGAAUCCGCGAACUAGAAGAACGACUCUGUUCUUACGAAGAAGAAGAAGAAAAGCAGCUUUUGGAUAAACAAGUCUCGAAGCAGAGGGAGGAGGAACUCUUGGAUGAGAAUUAUCGGCUGACCGAAAGAGUGUACUGGGUUGAGAAUGAGUUACGUAAUGUAAAAGAUAAAGAGAAAAGUGUACGGGAAGUGGGGACGAUAACUGAUAUCCAAAUUUUCUCCAUGGGUGAUUCAUCUUCGCUUGCCAUGACUGAAAAGCUCCCACUCGGUGAAAAUACACCUGGUAAAAACUCAAACGUCGUCAAAGACACUGUUGACGUUUCUUCAGUUUCUCAUUGCGGAAAGAUCUUCCAUCAUGCUAUGGAGAAGUUGGCAGGUGACACCGCCUUAGAAAUGAAGGAUUAUGGUACGUCGGAUGACUCGAAGAAGUUCUUGGACUUGGGACAGUUAGGAUGCGCCAAGGAUGAAUGCAUCGAAUGCAGAAAUCUUUGGAUCGUUUGUUCCAACAAAAUUCAACGACUCACGGAGGAGGAGCGGCAGAUGAGAGAGCAGAUAUCCGAUCUGGAGCGUAGAGAGGAAGUCUUCGUCAAGACUCUUCAGCAAGCAGAUAGCAUGUGGUUACAGCUAGAGUCAGAGUAUGCUACUCAACUGAAGGAACUGCGAGAUCAGUUGAGCAAGAAAUUCGAUGUCAAUCAAAGAUUGACGAGUCGUCUCUGUGACCUGGAAGAGGAGGUUCGUAGGACCACCUCUCGUCAAAAUCCGUUCCAAGGGAUGUGGAAUUUUGUGAAGAGUAGUACCAAAGACGAGGUCGACUGUUCGAUGAUGGUGGAAUCAUGCUGUGCGGAACCAAUGGAGAUAGAUGUUGACGAAACGCCGAGUUCAAGGAACUCGUUCAAACAAAAUGGUCAUAAAAAUUUUAUUGACAAAGAACCCGAAAACGUGGAAGAGCCGGUACCUGCAACCUCAGCGGGAAGAGUCACUGCCGACGGUGAGGCUGCUGCAGGAAAUAACAGAGGUGAGAGUGCCACAGUGAGUUCCAGCAAGGCCGAGGUCACGAGGUUCACGCAAACAGAUGAGUUUACCGUGACGCUCGGGGACUGGCGCCAUUCGGCCAAAAGUAACCAACACGAUAAGCCACGGUCAACACAACCUGUUCCUGAUGGCAUCGUGAAAACGGAGCCGCCUCUCGUUUCCCAGGUGGAAUCGGUGUCACGCCAUGACGCCACGGCGUCCGUAGCACAUAGUCGAAUCACGGUUGACGUUCCUUCGGUCCAAGAGAUGGAUUUGCAACAACCUGAAUUAGCUAAGGAGGCCAGAGAAGAAGACUUCGCUGCCGGAAGCACAGAAAACUCCGUUGAGGCAGAUAGAGAAGUAUCGCAGGCCCUGGCCGAGGAGGAACACGCCGAUGAAGAGGAAGCGGUCGUUACGUUUACGGAAAGAGAACCGGAAAAGAAGGUUAGACACUGUCAGAAUGAGAUUAUGAAAAGGGAAGGGUGGGCAAUGAGAGCGCGGAACAUAAAAGCUAGGGCUGGCAGUUUUUUUAAACGAAAUCAGACGAGGACCCAAUCACGUCGAUUGGUUUUAUAUCAGGAGAUUUGCGUCUAGAAGAUCCUCCCCGAGACAAUUUUACGUAUUCUGAGUUAUUUCGUUUAAUCUGAAGAGUCGUAUGUAGAUUACGUCUAGGGACACUCAUCUUAUUGCGACGUGACUUCAACGCGAUAUCUUUAACACGGGAACGGAUUGCACACGAUCCCACCAAGAAGAUCAAGAGAUUUAAAGAUCUGGAGCAAAUAGUUUAUCACAGAUUUUCCAAGGAUCAAACCGUCAUCGUUCACCUUCGAAGACGUAAUGAGUUUAUACCGAUGAGAAUUUCACGAUAAAUAAAAAAAUAAAACGAAUCUGACUGUUCGACGAAGAAACACUAUCUACUUGAGAAGAGUAGUGAAAUACCAGAAAAAAAGAGUAGAAAAAUACCAACGUCAACGAAAAGCUACGUAACGGAUAGCCCUUCGUAUAGACAGGAAGACAUGGCCAAGCAUUGCCACUGCAUUAGAGAAGACUGAGGGAACUUGAAAAGUAACCUUUGGAAGUGAUGAUUCCAGGCACAGAAAAAAAAAACUAUCAAACUGCAAGUUUUACGAAAAAAGAACCCGCAUACAAUGUAUAUGCAUGUUCAUGCACAAACAUUUGGCACACUCUAUCCGGUGACGGCAGUUUAGAAAUGGAGACAGGAUAUCCGGCAGGAUUCGUGCCGUAUUUCAACAAGGACGAUUUGAACAGGACUAUGAACAUCCUGGGAAUACGCGAGUCUGUUCCUCGUUGCACUUUAUCCUAUGACCCAGUUUGGCAGCUGGUUCUGAACUGGCCCAAGAUUAUCUACUUUCGCUGGAGGUGAAGGUCUCAACCUUUCUUCGUUGCCGGUACCAUUUUACUCCAGUCGGUGGCCUUUACUUUCGCAGCGAGCUUCUUGCGCGUCCAGUUCAUCCUACAGGAUGUGUCGAGGAACUGCGGUUUUCGAAGCAUCAAUAAGGACAAUACUAGCUGGCGCUGCUUGGUAGGCCCAAGUGACGUUCAGAAAUGGUACGUCCUGCCGCACGAUGGAAGUUGCCUCCAAAUUUUAAUUCAUCGACAGAAACGACAUUGUCACCGGUCGUUCCCAAUGCAUAUCGCAUAGCCCUAAGCGUGAAAUGCGUCACGAACUGGAGCACAAAAACAAAAGCAAUUAAACAUACAUACGUUACGUGCCUUACUAUUUCCUAUUUCAUACCAAGAAUAUGGUAGCUUGAGAUUAUCAGUAGGCCAUAGUAAAGCUUACAGAUGCCCAUGGUGCUUCCUAUAAAAUUUCGGACCAAGCGUCAUGUAUAUAGAUGAAACUGAAGGGGAAAAUAUUACUUGCCCCUUCUUAUCGUUUCACUUGAUUUUUCAUUGCCGCUUUAUUUGUACUUUCUCGUUGCAUUUCAUCAACGAUUCAUUCACGUAGAACAGAUCUUUAUAUAUUCAUUCUGUUGCUUCAUAUUCUAUGUAAUGACGCUUGGUCCAGCGGAUGCGUCGCUGCCUCUAAUUUCUUUUGAGUUUAAAUGUGGGAUAUUGAAAAUUUUUUUUUUAAAAAGCUGUUCUAUUUAAUAUCGUCACGGUCGAAGCGCAAGGUGAUAAAAUACAUUUACAUUCGUGUCGAUAAAAGAACUGCGAUUUUUUAGUAACUAAUUUUUCUCGUUCCCGUAUAGAGGCAGCGUAUACGACCACAGAUGCGAUAACGAUUUUACGUGAACGCGCAUGAAGUAUAUCUGUAUCUCUUUUUUUUUUGUAACGAACUCAUCGGUUUAUUGUCCACCGUUGAAAUUAGUCGAAAUAUUAAAAAGUAAAGUCUUCAGAAGAAAUAUAAUUUUCCUAUGAAUUCUAAUUCGAAGAUAACUUUUGCAAAAUAUUUAAUAAAAAGGAUUGGUCAAGGAGACGCCGAUUUUAUAAACGAAACGACUCGACUGCGAUACGACAAGUUAUACGCACACGUGUGCAUGGAUAUGUAAUUUUUCUAGCUUGCUAAUUGAUUUCUCCGAGUUAUUUUUUCUCUUUGUAUUUGAUUAACUUCACCGUUAAACCGCGAAGGACUCUCUGCUUUCUCGGAGAGAGAGAGAGGCCGUUUCGAUUUCGUUUGAUUGGCCCAACAGGUGCAGGUGUGUUGAACGUAAUUAUUAUAAGUUUAAAUGCUGCCGUGAGUAAGAAUCCGUUAAUGAGCAUAAGCGAAAUAAGUUAGUAAUUAGGUACUGCCUCUAGUCGAUUUAUUUUCUAACGUUCUCAGUCCUACAUCGUUUAUCGCGAUUAUUGCUCUCACCGCAGUGCUCGAUUAGUUUAUCUUUUGAUUGAUUUUAUUUGUAUUUAAGUCGACUGGCCGAUGCUACACGUGCUUCCGAUUUGUACAUAUAUAAUAGUGUUACCCUCCUAUGCACAAUACGUAUUUUAAGGACUCACCGUUGUUAUGGUGUAUAAGUAAUGUAUUUUGAUUGAAUAUAGAUUGUCCAAUAAAUUUAAUGAAAGUGUUAA